UAGCUACCACCUUUUUUUCGUCUUACCCUCUAUGUGUCUUCUGGACAAUUGUCAAGUCAGCAGACGUCAUUCUGAUUGUGUAGGUCAAAUCAGGGUCAUUACAUAAAUUUAGUAUAUUGAAAAUAUUUUAUGGUCUUAGGAAAUCUCAAAUUUGGGGUUUCAUUUGCUGUGAGCCAUAAUAAUCACAUUUAACAUAAAUAAAUGUAAGAGCUGCAACAAAAAUGAAGUACUGAGCCUAUAUAGGAAAUCGUUCUGCUUUGGCAUUUUUAAUGCGUAAUUGUGCUUUUAACAUAACUUCCAUAAAUCCAAUCCAUAAUCCAACUCAUUCCUGUGGCUUCAUACUGUGUAAACUGGUUGUGCAGAGUGAGCGGAGCCGCAUUUCUGCUCUCCUACAUCCCUUUCAGACAGUCGCUGUAAUACCAGCUAAUGCGGAUAAUGCUCAGGACACGACGGGUACGGCGCGCGCUCCCUGCCACGCGCAGUCCUGCUUGGAUUUGGACGCAGCCCGCGUCCCCCCGGCGGCAGAGAGGGCACGGCCUGCCAGAUUAUGUGGCCAGAAUCGUCAGUAAUCUGUGGAUUCAACAUGUAUUUUGACUUCUUCAUUUGAACAUUUUCAGACAGGUUUUUUCCCCCUCUCCCUUCCCUUCGCUAGAUUUCUAGUUAACUGAUUAGAUCGGGGUUUUUUUGUACUCCUGGAUGAAUCAGAAGAAGGCAUCUGAUGAUGAGAGUCGGACGUAAAACUCAGGAGGCUUUCAGUAGAUUGUGGAGGGUCUUUCUAAACACACAGCUAAUCUCAACACCAAGAGGAGCGUGAGGACAGACAUGGACGUGAAUGGACUUUCACUCAAUCGCAGCCAAUCGGUGGCGAGUGGUCUGGAGAAGACAUCACCAUCGUGGAACAAGCCGGCCCUCUCUCAAAGCAGCAGCACUCUGUCAUCUCGUCACUCCAGACAGGUUAUCAAAGACUGGGAAGUAAUUGAUGACCUUCACGUAGAAAUGCAAGCAGGAAGUGAGUGUCCUCAGGAUAUGAGUCCUCCAGGAAUAUGUGAGGGGUAUCUUCUCAAGAGGAGGAAGUGGCCUCUGAAAGGCUGGCACAAGAGAUAUUUUGUUCUGGAAGCAGGAAUCUUACGCUACUCCAAAAACCAACAAGAUGUCUCCAAGGGUCGAGUCCAGGGUUCACUAGAUGUUAGUCAUGCUGUUAUGUCGAUAAACAAAAAAUCUAAUCGGAUCGACUUGGACGCUGGGGACAUCCUUUAUCACAUCAAGGCAAAAAGCCACGAUCUCUUCUACAUUUGGGUGACGAAGCUGCAAGCGCACCGCCUGUACAAAAAGAACGAGACAACUCACGUUCACAGUGGCCUCCUGCAGACGCUGUCCAACACAACUCAGACUGGACAAGCUCACAGAAAUGGAGAUGUGAGUUUGGCAAGAGUUGAAAAUUCAGCGGGAGGAUCGGGGGUCUUACCAUCAGCCAACACUGCUGUGAACACCAAGGUGUCGGCCUGGCUGAGGCACAGCCACAAUCCAGACACGUGCGUUCAAGAGUUAAAUCGCUGUAAUUUGGACCUGUCGGAGCUGAACCGUUUAAUUCUGAGGCUUCAGGCCAUGGAGAUGGGCCAGAAUUUCACUAACGGAGACCUGCAACGCAUCAUCAGCACACAGAAUCUGUCACUUGAGAAGCCAAAGAAGACAAAGUCAGGAAAGAUUUGGGGUCACUCUCGCACACUAUCCAGAGUGGAGGCCCUGGGAAUGCCUGUUCGGGGGAUUUCCAAGUCGCUGUCCUCCAGUCACCUGAGCAGCUCGUCCCACCUCGGUGUGUCAGUGCCCUCUAUCCCCGACUAUGUCUAUUCCCAGCUGUCCCCUCCCACUAUCUUAUCACCCGAGGGCAAGAAAAUUCAGCAGGACAUCUGCGCCAUGUCAACUCAAGUGCUUUCUUCCCUGAAGUCAGUGCAUGAAACUCUGUCCCUGGAGAGGCAAAAAUUGCAAGAAGCCUGGGAAGCCAACAACCUCUAUCAGUCUAACACGUUAGCUGUGCCUGCGCCGUCUCACGGGCCUCCUUCAGUAACGGAUUCGGCGGCAGAGUAUUUUGAUGCCAACGACGACCUCCUUUGUGGCAGCUCCUCUGAGGUGUCUGAUGAAUCCGGACUCAGCGAUGGAAGCACCAGUAAUUCAGAACCGGAGGAGGGACAUGCAUCAACAACCAGGAAGUACCGAGCAAGUAUUUCCAGGACUCCAAACAAUGUUGUUCCCAAGAGCACUGGCCAUCGAACGACUCUACCAGCUCCCUGCCCUGACAACAGCCACGUCGGCCUCAUGGCUAUUCUUUACAAUAACAUAGGUAAAGACUUGGCUCGAGUCUCCAUGCCAGCAGCCCUCAAUGAGCCAGUUAACCUGCUGCAGAGACUGUGUGAAGAGCUGGAGUACAGCGAGCUGCUGGACACGGCCAGCAACACACCAGACCCAUACCAGAGGAUGGUUUAUGUCGCUGCCUUUGCUAUUUCUGGUUAUUCCACUGCAACGUUCAGAAACCGCUACAAGCCCUUUAAUCCAGUUUUGGGAGAAACCUUCGAGUGUAUCAGAGAUGAUCGAGGUUUCCGCUUCAUCAGUGAGCAGGUAUGCCACCACCCACCCAUCUCAGCCUGCCAUGCUGAGUCAGAAAACUUCACAUUUUGGCAAGACCAAAGGUGGAAGAAUAAAUUCUGGGGAAAAUCACUGGAGAUUGUGCCGACAGGAAUGGUCAAUGUAACUUUGCCCAGGUAUGGUGAUCACUAUGAGUGGAACAAAGUGGUAACCUGCAUCCACAACGUGCUCAGCCAGCAGAGGUAUCUGGAACAUUAUGGAGAGGUGACCAUUCAAAACCUGACUGACAACACCUGCACCUGCAAGAUCACCUUUGUCAAGUCUCGUUACUGGGGUUCAGACUCAAACAAGAACGAAGUGCAAGGAACAGUUAUCGACCAAAGCGGAAAUGUCAUUCACCGGUUUGGAGGUCUUUGGCAUGAAGGAAUCUUCUGCGAUACUCUGCCGACUCCUAAAUGCAUCUGGAAGCCUAAUCCUCAGCCAAAGGAUUACCUGCUGUAUUAUGGCUUCUCUUCGUUUGCCAUGGAGCUGAAUGAACUCACACCAAACCUGAAGCCUCUCCUCCCUCCUACUGACACGCGCCUGCGUCCAGACCAAAGAAUGCUGGAGGAAGGAAAAGUUGCCGAGGCUGACAAGAAGAAAGACGACGUUGAAGAAAUUCAAAGAGAGCGGAGAAAACAGCUCGGCAAGAGGGGUGAGGAGCAUAUUCCUCGGUUUUUCAAGAAAGCCAAAGAUUCCUGUGGACGGGAUGUGUGGCUGACCAAUGGCACUUACUGGAAACUCAGGGAUGAUCCAGGUUUUUCUAAUCUUGAAAAUAUACUCCUGUGGUAAUGGAAAGAGACCACAGCAACAUGCACACGUUAGUAAGAAAGCCAGCAGUGUUUGGUGGUUUUGAACAGCAUAAAUGACCUACUCUGAGAGUGGAGACAGUGCUGCUUCUGGUCUCUCACAGCAAACCUUCAUCGACACAUGUAGACACAACUUGUGGGAAAACAGAAAGAACUUUCCCUUUGAUGAGCUUAUUGUAUCAUGAUUUAUAGAAUAUUUCAACUUGAUGCACGCACAAUUUUAGGAACUUAAAAGUUUUCUCUAAGAUUAGUGGACGCCUGAGUCUGUUAUUGAAUCUUGUGUAAAAUUUAAUUUAAAUCUCGUCCUCUUUAACAGCUUUAACUGCAUUUUCUAACUGACUGGAUAAAUGAGCUGGAAUCUGUUUUACAGUCAAAGUAAAACCAGCUGAUGUUGCUGCUAUGUAGAUGUGAUGAUACUGUCACCAUGUAUAAAGCAGCAUCUCUGUCCUCUGUGGGCUUACUAACUGUUUUUGCUGCCUCGAGAGGUCAAAUUAGGUACAGCAGGUUUACAGCGUAUUUUGUUCAGGAAACCAGCAAGUAAGCGAUGAAAGAUGGACCCUGCACAUGUUUUAAUUUAGACCGAUUUUUGUUAAAUCGGUCUACAACUGAAUGUUGUUCCUCAGGUGUAGCUCACUUUGGAUGAAACGCUUCGCUAAAUGACAAAAAUGAUGCAAUAUUUACCCUUUGAGUCAUCUUUCUUGUACAAGUUAUUUAUUACUGUUACUGGUUAUCUAAAAAAAAUAUGUUUACUAAUAAAGAUUACGAUAAUAUGUAUCCAA